AUGAGCGCUGUCCCUCCUUCGACUCUGCCUAUCCCGCGGCGCAUUAUCACGACGCAUGACGGGGCUGGGAAGAGCAUCGUCCAGUCGAUUGCUCCGGCCAAGUACCAGCCGUUUCCACACUCGAACUCGAGCUUUACGACGUUGUGGAACUUCGAUAGUGUUCCGACGAAUGACAAUAAUGUUUCUGAUGAUGGUGGGGAGAGGAAGAUCACUGGCCCCGGUCUGGGCGUCGUGCACCAGAACGGCGUAAGCGUUCGGUACAAUGACCUUGCGCCGGGUGAAGGUGCACCAUUGCACAGGACAACGUCGACGGACGUCGUAACACUCAUUUCUGGUCAAGUCAUCCUCGUCCUCGAAGACGGCAGCGAGACCCUCCUCGAGAAACCGGGCGAUUGCAUCAUUCAACGCGGGACCGCCCACGCGUGGCGCAACCCAAGCAAGACCGAAUGGGCCCGUUUCAUGGGCGUCAUUGUCGACGCCGCACCUGUCAUUGUCGAUGGCAAGACGCUGGAGAACGAGAUGCCCGUCCAGAGUAAAUAA